AUGCGUUCGUUCCUCCCCGCCCUCCUUGUUGGGACAGCCUCAGCAGGUCUCCUGCCGCCCUCGAAAGUGGUCCGGCAGGAAUCUGGUGCACCCACUGUGACACUCGACUACUGUACUUUGACCCCUGCUGCAAGCAACACGACGGCAGGAUUGUACAAGUACCAGAACAUCCGCUUCGCGGCCGUGCCCACCGGUGACCUGCGCUUCGCAGCUCCGGAGUGGCCUCCAGUCGAGACCGAGAUAAACGAUGGGUCACUCGCCGACUCCGAUGUCGACUGUGCCAGCAGCGAAGACUGCUUGUACAUGGAUAUCUACGUGCCUGCCAAUACCGCGAACAAGUCUCUUCCCGUGUUUGUGUGGACGUAUGGCGGUGGUUUCACCGGCGGCAGCAAGUCGGAGAACACGCCUGAGGGCCUGUUCGAUCUGAGCGGCUAUUUUAUAUUCGUCUCCUACAACUACAGGCUGGGCAUAAUUGGUCUCGCCAACGGCCCGACCUUGCUGCACCAGGGUGGCACGAGCAACACCGGUCUCUGGGAUGUGCAGCAUGCUUUCCAAUGGGUCAACAAGUACAUCGCCAAAUUUGGCGCAAACCCCGACAAGAUCACAGCCAUGGGUUUGUCCGCCGGAGGUUCGCAGGUCCUCUUCGAGAUGACCCGGUUUGCCGGUCACGCGGAACAGCUUUUCAAGCAGGCAUACGUCAUGUCUCCUGGCUUCGUUCCCGGCGCAGGCCACGAGCACGCCGAGGCCUUCUUCCUCAACGUGUCUUCCUCCGUUGGAUGCGACGGCGGCGACUUGACCUGUCUGCGCUCUGUCAACUUUACCACCCUCCAAGACGCGGCCGACACCCUGGUCGACACCUACACUUUCCAGCUGCAGCCUCGCGUUGACGGUGACUUCGUCGCCGACACUCAUCACCACGAGGAGCACGAGGCGAACAGCCAGGCUUGGUCCGGCGUCAACACCACCGAGGACGUAUCGACGUACCUGCGCAUUUUCUUCCCCGCCAUCACAGACGCCCAGGUGGAGGAGGCUCUCGCCUUGUACCCUGAGGACGACUAUGAGAGCCCCGGCCUUCGAUUCUCUGACAUGAAGCAGCACUUCGAUCUCACUGCCCACAACAUGGCUUUCACGCAUGCUAUGUCGAACGAGACAUGGAACGGCAUGGUCCAGAUCGACCAGUCUACCCACGGCACUGACCAGAGCUAUUACUGGUACAGCACCUGGACCCUCUCCUCAGACUCUACCACCACCACGACAAACUCCUCCAGCUCUGCUGGUGGUGGCGGUGGCGGCUUCGGUGGCAGCUCCUCCGUGGACACCGCGACCGCCAUCAAGAUGCAGAAGUAUCUGUUGUCUUUCGUCCUCACCGGCAAUCCCAACACUCAGUGGCCCGAGGAUAAGCUGGAGUGGCCCCUGUACAGCGAGGGCGGACAGGACCUCGUCUUCAACACGUCUGGGUUGUACACCCAGGCUUCCGACUUGGAGAACGCAAAGCCCGGAGGCGCAAUCGCAGCAGCCCCCGAGGUGUCUGGAUAUAAGGAAGAUGUGGACUUUCCCGGGUCGUUCGAGGGGAACGUCGCGCUACUAAUGGAGGAGGACCCGAUGGCAAUCUCGAACUUCGCCUCGGUAUUGCUACACUUCCGCGGCAUGCUCGGCCCAAACUGGGAGGUCGUGAUCCUCACGCGCAAGGGCUGGAAGAUCCCAGACAGCCUGGUCCUGCGCCAGUUCCUCAGCGACGGCAGGAUCAAAGUGCGCUUCCUGCCCGACGGCGUCUCGUUCCCGACGCACCCGUCCGUGUCCGUGUUCCUCACGGACCCCUGGCUGUGGGAGACGUUCGAGAAGGUCAACCGGGUCCUGAUGUUCCAGGCCGACAGCAUCCUGUGCAGCAACUCCAAGGCCCGCGUCGACGACUUCCUCGAGUGGGACUUUAUCGGCGCCCCCGUGCUCCCGGCCUAUGUGGACUCGAAGCGGCCGGACGCGCGCUCCUUCAACGGCGGCCUCUCGAUCCGCAACCCUCGCGUCUUUGCCGAGAUCGCCCGCGACCCUAAUCUGAACUUCACCGCGGACCUGACCUCGGGACCAUACAAAGAACUUCCCAAUAACAUGCGCUUCGAGGACCACUGGUUCAUGUGGAGGAUCGACGAGCGGCCGGACCUGGAGGCGCGGAUCCCGCCGCCCGAGGUCGCCGGGCAGUUCUCGGUCGAGACGUGGUACUUCGACCACCCGCUGGGCUAUCACCAGCCGCACAGGUGGCAGGCGGAGCGAUACUCUGAGAUUGUGGACUGGUGCCCUGAGGUUGGGAUUAUAUUCAAUCAGGAGGCGCCUGAUCAGAGGUGGAAUUGA